AUGUCUGUACCAAGAUUCCAAAAAGUAAACUUUGGAUCAUAUGAUAAUUAUAUUCCAGUCAGUGAAUUAAGUAAAAAAUCAUGGAAUCAACAACAUUUUGCCUUGGCAUUUCCCAAACCACCUCGCCCAGGAAAAAAAAAGAGAUCAAUACCUUCCCAACAAAGUGACAGUCCAGCUCCUGUAAUUGAUGAAGGAAGAUUGGGAAUGCAUAGACCACCCUUAUGGAUGCACCGUUCUUUAAUGAGAAUUUCCGAAAGACCAUCUGUUUAUUUAGCUGCCAGGAGGAGGCCUCCCCAGAAACCAUCUCAGUCCUCCAUGGGUGAUUCUAAAGAUUCAAAAAAAUCUUUCUCUCCAGUAGUCAAUAAGAAAGCACAGAAAGGGAAAUCCGAUUCCGAAUCAGAGCCCAAAGUGAAGACGGCAGAACUAAAGAAGGGCAAAGAUUCAUCCACAGGCUCUGAAGAUGAGAAGGCUACCUUAAAGAAGGGCGCCAAGAAAGUGAAAAAGGAUGCAAAUGGCAAAGACUCCACGACAGGAUCCGAAGAUGACAAAGCUGCCUUGAAGAAGGGCUCCAAGCCAGACAAGAAGGUUGCAAAGGGCAAAGAGUCAACGACAGGCUCCGAAGACGAGAAGGCUGCCAUGAAGAAGGGCACCAAGAAGGGCAAAAAGGAUGCAAAGAGCAAAGACUCCACGACAGGCUCCGAGGAUGAGAAGGCCGCCUUGAAGAAGGGCGCCAAGAAAGACAAGAAGGAUGCAAAGGGCAAAGACUCCACGACAGGCUCUGAGGACGAAAAAGCUGCCUUCAAGAAGGGCGCCCAGAAAAAUGCCAAAGGUGGGAAGAAGAGCAAAGAGGGAAACACAGAGUCUGAAGGUGAAAAAGGAGGUGAUAAAAAGGGUAAGAAAGAUCUAAAGGACAAAAAAUAUAAAAAGGAUGAAAAGAAGAGAGGGAGUGGAGACAAUGAGUCAAAGCAUGACAUCAAGAAAGACAGCAAGAAAGAAAACAGGAAAGGCAGCAAGAAAGAAGGCAAGAAACGCCCCAAGAAAGACAGUGACACCGAAUCUGCUGAGUCCAAGAAGGGUGGAAAGAAAGCUGCAUCCGCAAACUUAAAGAAGAACAGGAGUCAUGGAACCGCUUUCAGAAAAUCUAAAGUGAAUAAUAAAGAUAACUUGGGGGAAAAAAAGAAAGGGAGGAAGGAAGAUGGAAAGAAGGAAGGAAAGAAGGAAGGAAGGGAGGAAAAAGACUAG